AGGGCGAAGAUUAGCGUAACUUGGAGAUCGGCCCGGUGCGCGGGAGGCUGGCGACGUCUUAACCGUCUGCUUCCCGGAACACCAAAGAGCCGCCCUGCCGAUCACCCGGCUACUUGUGUUCGGUUCAGUGUCGACUUACUUCUCUGGUGUGUCUUGCACAGGCUGACAUGAAAAUCUAGUUUCAUCCUGCCACACUCGGGAGCGGCGAUCGGGAAGCAUGGCGAUCCAGGAGAAGCAACCCCAAGAUUAGCGUCCUUGUGCUGAAGCUCGGGAAUAGGAAAGUGAGAUUCCACCAGAAUGGAAGUGUGUCCCUAUUGUAAGAAGCCAUUCAAACGAUUAAAAUCCCACUUGCCAUAUUGUAAGAUGAUACAACCAACUAUACCUGCUGAUCAAAAUGUUUGUCAGUCCAAGCAGGCUACACUCCCACGUGCUAAGAAAAUGAAAAGUCCAAUCAAAGACUCAAUUAAAGCUAAAGAGAGAGAGGUGGGGCCAAAGAACGAGAAAAGAAAUAGUAAGCUGAUAAAGGACAAACCAGAACGGACUCUUGAGCCCUUUCCACUACCAGCUGUUGGUUUGGAAAGAGCAGGUGAUACAAAGGCAAGUAAAGACAUCAAGAAUCAAAUUCAGCUCUCCCUCAAAAUGUUAAAAAAUCCUGAACCAAAGAUUACUCUCAAGGAAGCAGCCAAGGCUCAGUUUUAUGCAUCAAAGAACCCUACUCCUAAAAGAGAACUUGCCAAAGAUUUGCCUCAGUCAGGGGGAAGUAGAAGUAAUCCUUCAGAAACUGAAGCAUCUUUACCUUUCGACCCAAUAGAACCUUCUUUGUCAAAUCAAGAUGGAAAAUAUUCUUCAGCCUUACCUAAUGAUGUACAAACUACUUCUGCUAAGUUGAACUUGGACAAAAUUGAUCCCUCAAGACAGAAGCUUCUAGUAAAAUUACUAGAUAUGCCUAUUGGUGAUUAUCAGGGUUCUCCCAUGAAUCUCAGUUAUGGAGAUAAAAGAGUAAGAAUGUCACGUUCAAGUGCUGAGAGAGAUUCCAAGGCCAGGGACCACCUCUCAGAAGUUUAUACUGAUGUCAGAGACUAUGUGAAUGAGGAAAAGAACGUGGAAUCACAAAUUUUAGGUUUUCAAGUUAGCCCCUUAGGUAAGAUCCAAGUCAAGGAGAACCCAGGAAAAGCACUUAACCUUGGAGCAGAAGCACGUGGGAGCAAAGGACAUGCCGAGGAAAGUGUAUCUGUGACAGAAAUGCAGGAGUGCCCUUCCAGGAGCAAUGACCGUAAGAACUUCAGUGUGGAUGAGCCAGCCACAGAGAAGAAAUCUCGAGAUGAAGGUCUCAAUGUAAACUCCACGCCAAGGAAGACAACUUGCAAUGAGUUUCUUUCUGUAUCACAGACGCGUAAUCAGAGUCUUGCCUCUCUGGCUAUAAAAUUUCUACAAGAAGAGAAAGCAGAAGCCCACAAUCCUAAUCAGGUCCCUAAUGUAAUGGCGUUGAUGGAGAGUGAGGGACAAGCUUCUCUGGAGCCCAGGUCUGGCUGUGGGCCCCAAGCCUCUCACCCUGAGUGCCAGUGGUCCUUACGUUCAACCCAGCAUUAUACUUCUAAAAGUGUCUUCGCUGGUCUGCAGCAUGUUGCUGACAGGAAGACCCUUCCUAGCUCCCUGGGGCUGGAGUGGUUUCCAGAGCUCUAUCCUGGGUAUCUUGGACUAGGGGUGUUGCCAGGGAAGCCUCAGUACUGGAAUUCAAUGGCCCAGGCGCCUCAGCUCAUCAGUCCCCAGGGGGAAAGACUGUCACAAGUUCCUUUGUUGGAAAGAAGUUCGACUGCUCUGUGGAGUUGGGAUCCCCCGACCAAGCUUACAACCUCCAACGUCUCUCUAAUGAGGCUCUUGGGAGCUGUACAGAAAGGCUGGAUCAAGUGCAGCACCACCAUGAAGAGCGGAGUCGGUGGCGUCACCAUGCUCUUCACGGGAUACUUCGUUCUUUGUUGCAGCUGGAGUUUCAGGCAUCUGAUGUGAUCUGUGGAGGUGAAGAGUCUGUCGGAGUCGCCUCUCGGACCUCACACUUCUGUCUGUCUACCCAGAGCUGCUGCGCUGGCGUAAGGAACGUUGACCUGGACGCUUCGGGACGCCCCGGACGCCAGGAGCGCGCGCUGGAGACAGCUAGGACACGC